AUGGCACUUGAACCAGUUGUGAUCAGUCUUCGGAGAGCAACAUCAGAUAAAUCUUGGGGAUUCGCACUGCAAGGCGGUGUAGACCAAGGAUUGCCGGUAUUUGUUCAUAAAGUCACUCGAAAUGGAAUAGCCCAUAAAUCUGGAUUAGAACCUGGAGAUGUAGUUGUAAAGAUUUGUGCAACACCAGUCACUGGAAUGACACAUGCUCAAGUGAAAGCAGAAAUCCUAAGGGCUGGAAAUGACUUGGACUUCAUGGUUAAAAAACGUGACUUUAAUGUGGUUCAGUACAACCAGACAAUGCAACAGAUAGCUGCAGCUAAUAAACCAGUUGAACAAGCCUCUGGAUCACCUGAACCACGUGCUGAAAUAGUUGAAGAACAUUUAUGGAGACAUGGUGGUCCAACAUUCAAAAAUGUCCAACCAAAAUCAUAUAAAAUCCUUGAACAACAGUUGCCUCAAUCGAAUAUGGGAGGUCCUUCACCAGGUUCCGUAUUCGAUCGCAGUUUAGACGAACGAUCGCCUUAUUUACAGGCUACAGAGAAAAGUAUCCAAAAGGCGUAUGGAGAAUCCUAA